GUUCACGCAUUGCAUCCGCUACCAUUGCGCUUGAGAAUUUCAAAAACAAGGGUUCUGCGGGCGCACAUUUUGCUCUUUUUUUCUUUUACAAUUGAUCUAAUUAGCUUCAGUCUGGGAAUAUGAGUGCGGACCCCCCACCAAGAAGCCGUUCUCAAACAACCACACCAUCACCACCACCACUCCUGCCAAAAGGGUGCCAGCUGCUGUGUGAGAAUGUGUUCGAAGACGAUAACCUCUUGGAUGAUGGCGGCGAGGAAAUUCAGAUGCGUCGGCAGCCCACCAUGCUUUGUAGGGGGAGUAAGCUGGUGGCACCUCUAACAGAGAAGGAAAAGCAGUACACCGUCGUAUUCGAUCUUGAUGAAACUGUCGUGUACGCCCGGGACGGGCCACUCUACACACGAGCCUACCUCAAAGACUUGCUACGCGCUAUCAAGGAUCACUUUGAAGUAAUCGUGUGGACCGCAGGGGAACGCGAGUACGCCAAGAACGUCCUGGCGGAGAUUAACGAGGAUUGCAUCAUACGGCACCUUGUGUACCGCCACAAAAAGUGGUUCCACGGCGAUGACUACACCAAAGACCUUCGCCAGCUCGGCCGCGACUUGGACUACACCAUCAUGAUCGACAACACCCCCGACUGCGUCCGAGCGAACCCAGAGAAUAGCAUCAUCGUAGCUGACUUUGAGGUUCUGUCAGCAAGCGAGGAGACGGGCGGAAAGAGCCUGGCAACAACCGAGUGUGAGGGGGCACCCGCGUCGAAGUCGAUCCCGAGUGUCGGAAAUCAGCCCCUGGCUACCUCGAUGCAUCCCGAGCUCAACGAUUCCGCCUCCUCCUCCUCUUCCUCCCAACACGUGAGCAAUCGCGCGGGGUCCGAGGAGGUGCCGGAGGGCGAGGUCGCGCGCCGCGCGGAGGAGGAUGAAAGCUACAAAACCAUGCCGAAGCCCGUCUCGAAGACUCCCCGUGCAGCCACUGACCGCACCUUAUACUUGUUAAAGGAGGUGCUCGUGGCGUUGGUGCGCAGCGGGCAAACCGUCCCCGAGUUCCUCGCACGCUGCGAGCUACUCUCCAAGCAGGUGGUCAUAGGCAGUAACGGUGACUCGAUCCCAAUCUACUACCUCGGCAUGCGGCGUCGACGCAAAGACGCGGGGCAACCCAAAAAGGUCGUUAAGGAGAAUCGAGAUAGGCCUGUUGGCAAACGGGGCAGGCGACAGGAAGAUGCGCCUGCCAACAAUCCCGGGGAAGCCACAAUCAAAUUCCCUAAAGGAGAAAGUUGA